AGUUGUAUCAGGUUUUUUUUCCCUUUUAAUUUGAAAACCGGAAGUACGCUGCUGUGUCGUUGCAGGGCGUUUGACGUCAGCUCCUGGUUGAGGCGGGAUCUGGUGAUGGGAACUGAGUCAGAUCUUCCCGGACUGUCCGCCAUAAAUCCCAGUCAGGAGAAGAACAUUCCUCCUGAAAGCAGCUGGGUCACGUGACUGAACCGAACCGGUCCGGGAAGACCAAGAUUCGGGAACCUAACGAGUAGCGGUGGGUCGCGGGUUUUCUCGCGUGAUUUUUCUUUGGACCAAAGUGGAUAAAGUUGUGGUUCGCGUCUGAAUCCGCCUGGUUCCGACUGGAAACGGACUGAAGGCUCAGCAGGAAAGUUCUGAUGGUUCUGAUCCAACUUCAGGUUAUGCCUCCUGCCCUGCAGGUGUCUCCCUUCUGCCACACCUGGAUUGAAUCUGUGAUUCUGGUUCCGGUCCAGACUAGGCUGCUGCGGGCUCUGAGGCGGCCAUGACGGUCCUGAUGCGUCCUGAGGGGGGCCCGGCGGCGCUGCGGGUCGACCCGGCCGACCUCCCGGCUCUGGAGAUCAAACUGGUGGCGCUGGUGGUUCUGCUGUCCGUCACGAUGCUGUUCGGGUUCGUCCCGCUCUGCGUCGUCAGGGCAGGCGGCCGCUGCGGCGGGGACCCAGAGCGGCGGCGCCGCCUGCUGGCCCUGAUCAGCUGUUUCUCUGGAGGCGUCUUCAUGGCCACCUGCCUGCUGGACCUGCUGCCCGACUUCCUGCAGAGCAUCGGCGAGGCGUUCAGGGACGCUGGGAUCAAACUCCAGUUCCCUCUGCCGGAGUUCAUCGUGGCCAUGGGUUUCUUCCUGGUUCUGGUUCUGGAGCAGAUCGUCCUGGCCUUUAAGGACCAGUCUCCGCCCCAGCUGGAGGAGCGCCGGGCCCUGAUGGCGGACUCCGGCGUCCAGACGGCCGGCGGCGGCCUGGCCCAGCGCCGCAGAGGCUCCGCAGAGCCGGCGGGUCCCCUGCACGCCGCCCCGGGCUCCCAGUCGGCGCUGCGGGCCUUCGUGCUGGUGUUCUCGCUGUCGCUGCACUCGGUGCUGGAGGGGCUGGCGGUGGGGCUGCUGCAGCGUGGCCAGGAGGUGCUGGAGGUCUGCCUGGCGCUGCUCAUCCAUAAGAGCGUCAUCGCGUUCUCGCUGAGCGCGGCGCUGUCCCAGGGCCGGCUACGGCGCGCCGUGGUGUCCGGCUGCCUGCUGACUUUUGCUGUCAUGUCGCCGCUGGGCAUCGCGCUGGGCGUGGGGCUCACGGAGAGCCGGAUGUCGCCGCAGCACAGGCUGGCCCGCUGCACGCUGCAGGGGCUGGCGGCCGGCACCUUCCUCUACAUCACCUUCAUGGAGAUCCUGCCGCAGGAGCUGGCUGCCGGCCGCGGCCGCAUCCCCAAAGUGGCCAUGAUGCUGCUGGGCUUCGCCGCCGUCACCGGGGUGCUCUUCAUCAAGCUGUAACCAUGGCGACGGGGAGAACCAGAACCUCUGGCUUGGACUGAUGGAGGAGGGCAUCUGUCUGUUAUACAGGAUCUUUGUUCCAAUGACGGUCAGAGUUUUACAAAGGGAAUUUUCAUCAAAGUGAUAAUUCUCAUAAAGUUCUUGGGGUUUAACUAAAGGAGGUGAAUCAACCUGCUGCUGCCACGGUCAUAAACCAAACAUGAUCACUUCCUGUAAAACAUGACAACUUCCUGUAUGGCGCCAACAUCCAAUCCCCAACAAGAAUAUUCAACAUUCAUGACGUCACUUUGUGUAUUUGUACAACCAGCUAUUAUAAAUGUCUCAUAAUUUAAAACAAUCCUGGUCCAGAUGUUUUCAGAGUCCGGAGGAAACAUCAGCAUUAGGCAAAAAUCACCAGAAACCACAGCGCCCCCUGUUGGACUGCAGAGUGGAGUACAGAUGGAUAAAAACAGAAAUAGUUUUAGAUAAAAAAAAGAUAUAAGUAUUUAUAUAUUCUGCUUUUAUUUUACUGAUUAAAUGUUUGUUUUUUCCUCUUUGGUUUAUUUCUGCACCCUGACUGAAUAUUCUGUAUAUUCUAUUAAAAAACAUCAGCCCUUCUGGUUCUGGA